AUGGCGAGUCUGCGCCGCUUCCUGUACCACGACGCGCCUCCUGCGUCCACGUCCUGGACGGCCGACACUCCACAACAACAACAACAGCAGCAGCAGCAGCAGCAGCGGCAGCUGAGCGCGUCCUACUACGCGUCGCCAGCUCAUCGCGCGCGCCGAGAACGCGCCGAGACGGCCCCAGCGCCGCAGCCCCACGACGAGACGGAUCGCGCGUUGAUGGACCCGUUGGCGCGCGUGUCGCGUUUCUCACGGCGCUUUUUUGACCGAGCGAGCGGUCGUUCGUCGUCGUCGUCGUCGUCAUCGUCUUCGGGUGGUGACGAUGCGGAAGGAGGUCUGGUGACGUCGACCAGCUACUUUCGACCACGCACGAUGGAUGGCUACACGCGGUACCUCGAAGCUGCGUUUAUGGAAGGCAUGUUGGAGAAACAGAGCUCGGAAGACCUGAAGCUCUGGAAAAAGAGGUGGUUCGUCAUGCGAGACAGCAAACUCUUUUAUUACAAAUCAGAGAGCGACGUGACGGAGCAAAAGCCCACGGACGAAGCGUGUUGCGGUGUCAUUUCGAUGGAAAACAUCGACUCGGUGACGACAGCGAAAGAUUUUGGUGCUGCUGCCUUUCAGAUUCGUAUGGAAAGUCGGCGCUACGUGUUACGCGCUGAGUCAAAAGAUAUGAUGCACGAGUGGCUCUUUAACUUUCAAAAAUCAAUCGCAAAUAUCGUACUGGCUCUGUCACGAACACAGGCAGAACAUCGACCAAACCGGCUAUGUAACAGUUUGUCCAGAAGACAAAGCAUGCCCCGCGUGCACCGCAGUGUCUCGUUCGACUAUCAGGACCAGUUUCCCGCUACAGCCGCCGUCGAUGACACACACGACGGCCGCGCAAGCUGUGGAUUUUUUGCAUCAACAAGCUUUUCCGACGAAUCGACAGGUGGCGACGGCUCUUCGCCUUCGCGAACCAGCCCUCGAUUAGCCACUAGCCCGUUAGGGUUUGGUGGGUUUGGGCCGCGGAGUCCACUGAUGUUUGCCUUUGAUCCGAUGGAUGACUUGCCGGAGCACCGCACUUCCCCAUUGCGGCGAAGCUCAAUCGUCGAAGGAAAAGAGGAAAGCUUUGCUUUCGAUGACCACCUGCGUCCCAGAGGCCAGUGGGAUGAUGGAGGCGAGGACGACAGAGCUGCGGAAACGACUGCUGAGACGCCGCCAGUGGGACGACCGUCACCACCUCCAGUUGUCACAGGCAAAUACGUUCCUCGAUACCUUCGAAAUCGGAGCGCUGCAGAGCCAACUUCUCCGUUAUCUCUCCCAGUGGAUUUGUGCUCAGCACCAGAACCAGCGCCUGCUUCUACCGCUAGCCGUUGGGUGCCUCGCCACCAACGAGAAGGAUACGCCGAGAUGCAGCCUAUCGAGUCAUUUUCGAUCAACUCUCGAGACUCGUUUCACGAGACCUUCCACGAAGACAGCUCGAGCUAUUCCACUGGUGACGAUGUCCAUGGCGUGACGUCGCUGCUAGGGGUGCGAUCAGCAAUGGAAGAUAUUUGCUGUUGCAUCCCAGACCUUAACGCACAAUUGAGCGGCGACCAAUCUCAUCAUCAAAAGCAAUCAUUUUAUGCGUUGUUUGAUGGUCAUAGCGGCGUGAGAGCUGCAACAUUUUCAAACCAACGAUUGGUGCCUUAUUUAACUGCACAUGAGGCUUUCAUGGUUGACACACGCCUGGCUUUCAAGGAAUGUUUUGCGCGGAUCGACGAAGAGUUCUUGCAAAAGGCCGAGGACGAGAGUCUGGGUGACGGCACUACAGCAGCGGUGGUGCUGAUUCGGGGCAACCGAUUGAUCACGGCGAAUAUUGGAGAUAGCAGAGCAGUUGUGAGCAUCAGAGGCCAGGCACUGGAUAUUAUCGAAGAACAGACACCUGGGCGUGCAGAUGAGCGAAAAAGGAUUGAAGAGCAAGGAGGCUGGGUGCAUGAGGAGCGCGAGCUACAGCUGUCCAAGCUGCAUUGCAUGGAUUUGAGUGACCCCGAGAUCCAGCAGCGAGCCGAGCGAGUCGUAAAAUGGAUGACAAUCUACCGAGUGAACGGCGAGCUGGCCGUUUCUCGCGCUAUUGGCGAUAUCGAUUAUAAGGGCGAGGCAUUGUCGAGGUAUGAGUACUGGGCGUUUCCCGAAGGCCACGACCGCGUGUUUCGCGGCGAUUUGGUCAUAUCAGUGCCCGAGUGCCAGGAAAUCGAGAUUACACCCGAAUUCGACUUCCUCAUUCUUGCCUGCGAUGGGCUGUGGGACACCAUCAAGAGCAAGGAAGCCGUGAAGUACGUCGCCGAUAAGCUAAGCCAAGGGUAUUCUGCAAAGCAAGCAAGCCAGUCGCUGGCCAACUUGGCGAUACGAUCAGGUUCUUCCGACAACGUUUCCGUCGUUAUAGUACUGCUCAACACGGAGCAAGCGUCCAUCGAUACAGGUGCAUCCUCAAGACAGUGA